GCAGGCAGAUGAAGUAGUCAUCGUCUGUUUUGCUUCCUCCAUGGUCUGAUGGGAUGCGAUUGCCGAGCGAUGUUUUCAAGCCCAGACUAUUUUGCAGAAAUAUGGAGACUAGCGUGGACUUCCAGAGGUUCAUACUGUGCUGGCUUGGACUCCUGUUGUUCUUCAGUCGUGGAGUUUUAUCGCAAUUGGACCGGCCGACCUGCGGAAACGUCCGGGACAUUUUCACAAGUUUUCAGUUCGCCCGGGAUGUUGAAACCCCGGAAAGUCCGAUUUCAGGAGCAGGGCUGAAGGUGUGUCAGCGAGACAGGACUUGUUGCACUCGGCGGAUGGAGGAAAUGUUGCAGGAGCAAGCAGAGGACGACUUCAGGAAGGCCAUACAGACCAGUGUGGACUACCUGGAUUUCUUGCUGUCCUCCCAUGCAGAUGAUUUCAAAGAGGAAUUCGAAGAGCUUCUGGGUUAUGGUGAAGCCAAGGUCCAGCAGAAUUUCCGCAUUAUGUACGUGGCCAUUGCCUUGGAUCUGGACAAUGACAUCAGACAUCUAUUCUCUGACCUCAGAAGUCACUUAAAUGGGAAAGAGGUAAAGAUUCAAAGGAGUGUCAGAAACUUCUUUGAUGAGCUCUUCCCCCUCCUGUACAGUCAGAUUGACAAGUCGGCCGGCCGGCUGGAUGCCCUCUUCUCCAGCUGUCUAUCAGCCAAGCGGGCCAUCAUCCAGCCCUUCGGCGAUGUCCCCCGCCAGAUGGCCACCCUACUCUACCACUCGGUAGAGACCUCCCGUCUGCUGCUGCGGGCGGUGGAGCAGGGGCAGCAGGUGCUGAAUGCCACCUUCAGCAUGGCGCUGGGCAAGAAGUGCGGCCGGUCCCUGCUGGAGAUGCGCCACUGCGGCCUGUGUCAGGGCCAGCUGGAGGCCCGCCCCUGCCGAUCCUACUGCCUGAACGUGGUCAAGGGCUGCCUGGCCAACUUCAUGGACCUGGACACGUUUUGGGACCAGUAUGUCACGGCCGUCAUUGAUCUGAUUCGGCACAGCAUGAUGAGGGACAAUGACCUCCAGCAAGCUAUGAACUCCUUAGAAUAUCUCUUCAAGGAUGCCAUCAACUACGCAUUUGAAAAUGAAGGAGAUAUCACAUACGAGGUGCACAGACUGUGCGGCUAUCCCUCCCGGGGCCGCCCCUCACCCUUCAACGAGUUUGCAGCCGCCAACCCGCCUGUGGUGGACUUCCCCAUGGUGCCCAACCCCAGCGUCCCCCUAGACGAGCGGCUGCUCGAGUUUGUGGAGAGCCUGGACCGGUCGCGGGGCGUCUACCACAGCCUACCCGCCAUGAUGUGCACGGCGGACGAGCUGGGCUCUACCAGGGAUGACGACUGCUGGACAGGACGAGCGGUCGGAGAGUACUCCAUGGCACCGGUCCAGAAUGGCCUGGGUGCGCAAAUGCGCAAUCCAGAAGUGUCGUGGACGGGGCGAGAGUUUGAAUUGCUCCAAGCCUUUGCUCUCAUGGACAAGCUAGAAGCCAUCACACAUGCCAUCCGAUUGAAGCUGCAGGGCAAGAACAGAAGACCCGACAAUGGUGAGUUCAGCGGGAGUGGCAGCGGCAGUGGUUGCUAUGGCGUCGAUGAUGAAGACUGCAUCAGUGGGUCGGGAGACUCAGCAAGGACGGAGACCGGUGGCAAUCACACUGACAUGGUGUUCACCACCACCACCGAGGAAACCACCGCGGAGGAAACGGACUUCCACUUUGAUGCCACCACCCCCUUAGGGGAGGGCGAUGACAGAAGCCAUGGAGAUGGAGCCAAAACACCCACCGACGGGUCCCCCACCCCCAGCCAAUUCCCCUUCCGGCCUACCCGGGGGAAAGCCAGCACCCACAGGCCCCCCGUCCGAGCCACCACGGCCAGGCCCAGCUUGGAGGAAGAAGAGAGAGGGGAGGUCCCCGAAAGCACCACCCCAGGGAAGAAAGACGAGGGCGGCAAGCAGACGGGCAGUGGAGCACCCGGUGCUCCCAGGAUCUCUGCCCUCCUUGUGUCUCUCUGUUUGCUUGUGUCAUGUAUGUGGCAUAGGCAUUAAGCCACCUUCCUUUUUUUCCGUUUCAAAGUUCACUAACUCAUUUUUAUAAAUGCCAAUGUUUAUAAUACUUGAAGGGACACAGAAAGAUUUUGAUUUGGGCACAGCUGUCAUGCGUUGCCAUUUUGGUAGACUUCAGAAAAGUGACCCACUGCAAGCGAGAGAACUAAAGUUGGACGUCUGAUUCACUGGAAAUCUUGAACAAGGAUUGAUGAACGGAGCAACACUUUUGUCUCGUCUGUUCCAGCCCUCUGGGGCCCAACCUUGUUGUCAGUGGAGUUUGUCUUCACUUACCCCCGCCCCUGCGACCUGUGGCAAAAGAGCAGUGUCCAGGAAAAAAAACCCAAACAAGACAAACGUUGGGGUCCAUGCCCAAUGCCGUUUGGGAAAGGAAGGGUGAGAAAAUCAGGGAAAGGUUUGGAAAUAGUGGGAGCACUUUAGGUGGUUGAUUUCUCCAGAAAACUGCACAUCUCUCAAAACCAAAAUUCUCCCGCAGUCAUUUAAAUGCAUAGUUCAAUUGGUUCCGUCAUGGUUUCAAACAUGUAAGCACACGUAUUAGUUUGUCAACUGUGGCAUUUUGUAAAAGUGGCAUGUAGAUUUCAAAGUGCAGACUUUCUAUGCAUGUAUAUAUUUUUGUCUUUAUACUAUAAGUAUACUGUUUGCUUUAAAAAAAAAAGUAUUUUUAUGGCAGAACAGAACUGUUAUAAUAAUGAUAAUAACAAUUAUAAUAAAGUUUCUAUUUUUGUUAAAAGUCUUUGUAUAUUGAUCUUCUGCCAGGCAGAGAGGUAAUUUGGAAAUCAGUGUAUCUUGAUGUAGAAUGGCUGUAUUUGCUUUUUAGUGGUUCAAGUAUGCUAAGGUACUCCGUUGGUCAGUAGAUGUAUGCGCUAUCCGUUCUGUGCAGUCCAUAGAGGGCAGUCUUUCCUUUGAAGGAGCCAUUAUCAUUCACUGGUUGGUGUGUCCUGUUGACCAGAUUUAAAGAACAGCAUUUAAUUUAAUGCAAGGAUACAUACUGGUUUAUCCUGCUAAAUCAUUUUGCAGCACACGGUUUCUGUAAUUGUUAGUGAAUAGCACACUUCAUUCAUAUAUAUAUAUAUAUAACAGUAAAUGGAGCGAUUCGCCAACUACACAGACUUUAACCUCACCCUAUGAAAGAUCAUGCAUCCACAGGCAUUAAAGUAUUCUCAAGCCUGAUUGGACAAACACAGACAUGGACCAUUCCAUCUACCAAAAAGAGGGUAGUUAUUAUACAAUGGGAAGCGUUGGAGAAUAGUUGCAAACAUAAUGCCUAUGUGUAUAUAAUGUAUUUGUUAAAAUGCAUUUUACUGUAUUGUAAGUACAUGUAUAACCUACGUAAUAUUGUUGCUAUUUUUUUUUAUUAACACAACAUAUUAACGCACAGACUUCCCUGCUCCUGCUUUUAAUUUACUGGUUGCUUUUGCUUCAUCCCCUGUGUCUAACACGAUGCCAUGCACCAGGUGUGGAAUAUCAUCAAGAAUACUGCGAUGCUAGUUCUGUUCCUGAAAAACAAUAAACAGCAGCCUUUUGAAAAUAGAUUUUUUUUAUUUUUAGUAGUUUUUAUAUUAUUUAUUGUACAGAAUUCCCAUUUUAACACCCCCCUCCCCGUUGGUCAACCUGUUUCUGUUUAAUCUACAAUGCAUUACAUGACAUUACAAAUUGAAAAUGUCUGUGACGAUAAAAGAAAUAAUUCAUAAUAUAUGGCUGUUCAAUUGUUGUUAUAGGUAAUAGGUAGAAAACAAAUUUAGUACUUGGAGUUUGUUUUAUGCACUAUUAAAGUUCCAUACAUAUGUUGUGGUAAUGGUUUUAGAUGAUUCAUAUCCAAAUCAAAACUUUUUGAAAAUGCACAUGCCACAGUUGUGCACUUUUUUUCAAUAAAUAGUACAGGGCACAAGUUCCAAUUUUACAUACCUUUGUAGCUACAGUGCUGGAGCAGAUAUGGAGAGUUCUGAGUGUGUGUGAUUUUUUCUCUCUGUGGUAUUGGCAUCAUUCAAGAGAAGUAAAUUAGACAUGCAGAUGAUACAAAAGGAAACGUGCAUGUAUUGGAGAUGAGAAGCUAGUUUAGCAGCUCACCCUGGUGUCACUUUUUUACGUGGCUCACUUGUAGUCUCAUGGAAGAGAUCCUGGGUUUGUCCCUAGGCAAGACACUUUACUGCAGUGACAUAUCUUUCUAACUGUAGUCCACUAAGGGAUUGCCCAGGCAGUGGGGAUUGGACGAACACUUCACUUCCUUCACUUAGACUCUAGUUUGAGCUCUGAAGGAUGCUAUUCUGAGGAAUUGUCAUUCUGUGUCUCAUGUUUGUGUAAACUCGUGUUCCACUGCUGCUAAAAAAUAAAAAAAAAAAUCAUGAGAAAGUGUUUAAUGAUUUACGUGUAUCUGACACAAACUGUUAAUGCCAAAUACAGAGCGGCACAAUUUUAUUAUGCAGGCAUUUCUGUGUGUUUUGUCUCUGACGGUGUUUCUUGUUUCAAUCAUAAAAUGAUGUCUGUGGGACAGUUGCUCUAGUUGGAAGUGCCAGAAAUUACACAUUACAGGCGUUUUGAAAGAAAUUCAGAGUUAUCAGAUACCUUUGUUUCUCGUGGUAGUUGUAUUUCAGAAGUUAAAAUCGUUGUCUUUCAGUUUAAUAAAUCGGUGUCGUAGUAAAUCAGCCUGAGUAAAACAACAUCCAUUGCCCACAGAAGAUGACCAUAUCAUUUGUUAAUUUAAGUUUAGGAGAUUUCUUUGUUGGAUACAGCACAGCCUGAUGUGAAACGAUCUAAUGCCAUCAGCUUCUUUCGGGGGGGGGGCAAGAGUAGGACUGGUAUUCGUUUGGUGCUCCAAAUCUAACCGUACUGUGUGGACAUAUCAGUGUUAUCCUGUUAACUAUUUCAGCAGACAGUUAUGCGUGCUCCUUUGUCAAAUGUACUUCUAUAACUUCUGUUGUUGAUUUGAGCCAUUAAUUUGGUGUAGUUCACAAUGAGGCAAUCAUUUGCAAGUUAUAAGUAACAGUGUUGGGCAGAAAACUCAGUGCCGGCCCAAAUCACUGUACGUAACGGUACUGUCUUUGUGUCCAUUUUUAUCAUGUGCAUGGCACACAGCAGUUUACCUGAAACUCUGUGACAAGGUGUUUAUGGUUCUUUUUGUUUUAGUUCAUUGUUGUACAUUUAGAUCAAUAGAACAUACAAUUGCCGUAGAGCUUACUAUGGGUCUAGUUUGCUUACAGCAAAUGAAACAGUUUGCUUAGCAAAAGUAGGUUAUCAGCCAAAAUGUCAUGGACAGAUUAGUAUAUUUAUCAUGACUGGUUCCCGCCAGAUUUUUGCUGAGCAGUUCUGUGAAAUUGCAAUGGAAUAUGCCAGCCAGCUUUCCCCACAGAAGCCCCUGGUGUCUCUGCCUUGGGAUUCAAAUGCAGCAAUAAAGGGCAUUAUCCACUUGUCGUGGCUGUGGCUUAAAAUCACACAGCUCUAUGGAAACUGACUGUAGCCACUACCAUGAUGCUCAUGCGUAUAUAAUUUCAAGCUGCAGUCAAGUAAUUCAGAUACGGCUUUAAGUCCUGUUGGGGGAUCUGGUCCUUUUCGUUAGGCUUGUAAUGUUGACUUGACCUCUGGGGACCAGACCAGGAUGUGGGGUUAAAAGGUAGAAGAGGUAGAUCACAGUUCUCUGCAUUAAUAUGAGGAACUAGUGCCUGUUCUUGUUUUAAGUGUUUGCCUCCAAGUACUUUCUAAUGUGUGUGCACAUACCCGCUCGGUACAUCACUGAAUAAAAAUGUACAUUUGUAUUUAAAAGAAUUGUUAA